CACGUCUUCAAAUAUGUCGGCGCUGAAAAGCGCCGCGCCAAUCCACUUUGGCUCCUUCCUGGUCACACCACAGGUCUUCCACCAAACACCACUCUCCUUCGCCCUCGUCAACCUCAAACCAAUCCUCCCGGGUCACGUCCUCGUAUCCCCGCGCCGCAUCGUCCCUCGCGUCGCAGAUCUCACCGCCGCCGAAACAAGCGACCUCUUCCUCACCGUGCGACGCGUGGGACGGAUGGUGGAGCGGGUAUACGGCGCCUCGAGUCUGAACAUCGCCGUCCAGGACGGUGUACACGCUGGACAGAGCGUGCCACAUGUACACGCACACAUUAUCCCGCGCAAAGCGGCUGAUCUCGACCAUCGCGGCGGAACAGAUGCCGUGUACGACAUGUUAGACGGGGAGGAAGGGGAUGUCGGGAAGGCGUUUCGGGAUGCGGAUACCACAGAGCAAUCGAAGACUAGGGCUCGAUUCCCUGUUGUCGAUAAUGAGGGGCGCGAGCCGCGCUCUCAUGAUGAGAUGAAGGGUGAGGCGGAGAUGUUGGCGCGCGAGAUGGAGAUGGAGCCGUUGGAUUGA